AUGUAUCACUCCGGAGGAGACAAAUCCGAGAGAGGAGUGGCAGUCAUGGUAAGAAACAAGCCGGUGAGGAGUGUGCUGAAUGUGAACAGCGUGAGUGAUCGUUUGAUGAGUGUGAAAAUGAAAGCGGAGCCAGUGGACGUGAUGGUGAUGCAGGUGUACAUGCCGACAUCUAACCACGACGAGGCGGAGGUAGAACAAAUCUACGAGCGGAUAGACGAGAUGCUAUCUCAGGAAGGCAAAGGAAAGGUCAACGUGGUGAUCAUGGAAGAUUUUAAUGGGGUAGUCGGAAAUAGAUCAGAGGAAAAGAUAGUCGGAAAAUACGGACUGGGCAGAAGGAACGACAGAGGAAAUAUGCUGAUCAACUUUUGCCGCAGAAACAAUCUGAUGAUCGCAAGCACGUGGUUCAAAAAGCGAAAGACAAAGCUGUAUACUUGGAAAAGCCCGGGACACAGCGAACGAUAUCAAAUCGAUUACAUCAUCGUCAAGAACAGAUUCAGAAAUAGCGUGAAAGACGUUAAUACUUUUCCAGGGGCCGAUAUAGAUUCCGGUCAUAAUUUGCUGACGACCGAUAUAGAGACAAAACUAAAGAACAUCCGCAAAACGGGUAAAAAGAGACAGAGAUGGAAUCUGAAAAACCUGAGGAAUAAUAAAAUCGUAGUGAGGAGAGAAAUGGAGACGAAGCUCAGCGGAACAAAUGAUAGAGAAGAGGCAGUAGAAAAAGAUUGGAAGGAGGUAAAAAGUGUACUUCUGGAAACGCUAGAAGACAACGUCGAAAAGCUAGAAAAAGUAGCUAGAAAACCAUGGAUAACCCAGGAGAUGAUCAAGAAAAUGGAUGAGCGUAGAAAAUACAAGAAUACAGAUCCAAGGAUGUAUAGAAAAAUGAAUAAUGAAUUAAGGCGAGAAACGGAGAAGGCGAAAGUGAAAUACAUGUAA